AUGGCGGCCUCGCACGGGAGCCACCCCCGGCAGCGAGUGACAGCCAGUGCACAUGGCUGGGGACACCGGGAUGGCCGGGAAUCCCAGACCCUCGGCCUCGCUGGUGCCCAGACCACCCAGCUCCUCGUGGAGCCCCUUUGGAGGCCAGCAGUGGAGUGGGACCAGGUGACACUGACCUGCCAGGGCUUGGGGACCGCCGGUGACACCACCUGGUACAGGGACGGGCAGCGCUGGUGGCAGAAGGGAGGCGACCACUUCACUGUCACCAAGAGUGGCACCUACACGUGUGAGAGACCCGACACUGGGCUCAGCCCACCCGUGACAGUCUUAGAUGACUAUCUGGUGCUGCAGGUGCCGGUGCUGGCGCUGCUGGAGGGGGACACAGUGACACUGCGCUGCCGGGGCUGGCGGAACCGCAGGGUCACCAGGGUGUCCUUCGUCUGCGAGGGGCAGGAACUGGGGAGACUCCGUGAUGGGACCGUGCUCUCCCUGUCCCCUCUGCAGCUACAGCCCAGCGGCAGCUACCACUGCAAGGGCCUGGUGGAAUACUGGGCAUCAGGGAAGUUUCGGGAGUCGUCGCCAGUGACAGUGACAGUGCACGAGCUCUUCUCAGUGCUGGUGCUGGAGGGUCCCCCCGAGCCCACCCUGGGGUCGCCCCUGACUCUCAGCUGCCUCAGCACCCCCAGCCCCCUGCGGCCCAGACCCCUCCUGCACGUGUUCUACCUGGACGGGCAGGUGCUGGGGGGCCCGCAGGUGUCCCCACAGCUGCUGGUGCCCUCCGUGGGGGUCUCCCACUCGGGGAAUUACAGCUGCCAGGUGCGCUCCGAGGGCGGGGCCGUCUGGAAGAGCAGUGCCCGGCUCUGCGUCACGGUGCUCAGGGUCCCACUCUCAGGGGUGUCCCUGUCAGCGCAGCCUCCUGGGGGACAGGUGGCACUCGGGGACAGCCUGGUGCUGAGCUGCGAAGUGGCGGCGGGGACAGGUCCCCGGUCCUUCUCCUGGCACCGGGAGGGCUCAGGGGCACCGCUGGGCACCGGCCCCCGCCUGGAGCUGCAGCACGUUGGGGACAAUGACAGCGGCCAGUACCGGUGCCGGGUCAGCGACGGGGACAGCGUGGCUGAGAGUGACCCCCUGAAAGUCACCGUCCUGGUGCCCGUGGCCAAUGCCACCAUCACCCUCAGUCCCCUGUCACACCAGGUGCACGCAGGUGACAACGUCACCCUGCACUGUUCGGUGCAGGUGGGCUCAGCCCCUGUCACCUUCACCUGGCUGCACAAUGGGCAGGAGGUGGCCCGGGGUCCCCUCCUGGAGCUCAGGGACAUCGAUGUGGGACAUUCGGGCACCUACCAGUGCGUGGCCACCAACCAGCUGGGACAGGACGGGCACCGCGUGUUCAGGUCACUCAGCCCAGAGCUGGAACUGGAGGUGACACCUUGGUCACCCUGGGUCACAGCUGCCAGGAAAUCCAAGGACAAGUGA